AUGCUGCGGGCCUGCCGCCGCCAUCCCUCUGCCGCCGGCGCUGCUCCUCGGCUGCCCCUCGCCAUGCUGGGAGAGAGCCCUGCCGCCGCCCGGCCGCUCCUGCGGGCGGGACCCCCGCUGGCGCUCUGCUACACCUCGGCCCUCUUGGUGCUCGCCCUCUCCGCGCUGCCCGCCGGCCGCGCCUCUCAUCCCUUGCCCGGCUCCGAGUGCCAGGGCGGCGGCAAGGGGAAAGGCAUCAACUGCUCAGAGUUAAAUGUAAGGGAGUCUGAUGUAAGAGUGUGUGAUGAAUCGUCAUGUAAAUAUGGAGGAGUGUGCAAGGAAGAGGGAGAUGGCUUGAAAUGUGCAUGUCAGUUCCAGUGUCACACAAACUAUAUUCCAGUUUGUGGAUCAAAUGGAGACACUUACCAAAAUGAAUGCUUCCUCAGGAGAGCUGCUUGCAAGCACCAGAAAGAGAUAACAAUGGUAUCUAGAGGACCUUGUUAUUCUGAUAAUGGCUCUGGGUCAGGUGAAGGAGAGUAUGAAGGAUCUGGGACAGAAGUUCAGAGAAAACACUCAAAAUGUGGAGUUUGCAAAUAUAGGGCUGAGUGUGAUGAAGAUGCAGAGAAUGUUGGGUGUGUAUGCAACAUAGACUGCAGUGGAUACAGUUUUAAUCCUGUAUGUGCUUCUGAUGGAAGUUCCUAUAACAACCCGUGCUUUGUCAGAGAGGCAUCGUGUCUGAGGCAAGAGCAGAUUGACAUCAGGCACCUUGGGCACUGCUCAGAAACAGAUGACACAAAUGCAGUUGGAAAGAAAGAUGAUGGCAUGCAGUAUCGACCAGAAGUGAAAGAUGCCAGUGAUCAAAGAGAAGACAUUUACAUUGGAAACCACAUACCUUGUUCAGAAAGCUUCAAUGGUUACUGUAUACAUGGAAAAUGUGAAUUCAUUUAUUCCACUCAGAAGGCUUCCUGCCGGUGUGAAUCAGGAUAUACUGGACAGCACUGUGAAAAGACAGACUUUAGUAUUCUUUAUGUUGUCCCAAGUAGACAAAAGCUUACACAUGUCCUUAUUGCAGCAAUAAUUGGAGCUGUACAGAUUGCCAUUAUAGUUGCAAUUGUCAUGUGCAUAACCAGAAAAUGCCCCAAAAACAAUAGAGGACGUCGGCAGAAGCAAAACCUAGGCCAUUUUACUUCAGAUACAUCAUCCAGAAUGGUUUAA